CCCCACAGCUUCUGCAGCUACGCUACUAGGUAGUGCACGCGCGGAGCUAGCUAGCUAGUAGGCAUGGCCACCGGGGGCGACGUCACGACGGCGGAGUCCGGCAAGGCCGCGGCGCCCCCCGCUCCGGCGGUUGGCGGCCGCGGGUUCCCCGGCGCGGAGCUGGCCCUGCGGGCGCUCCUCUUCGCGGUGACGCUGGCGGCGCUCGUACUGCUGCCCACCGCCAAGCAGACCGUGCUGGUUCCCGUCCCCGUGCUGCGCGCCGUCGUGCCCAUGGUCGCCAAGUUCAACCACUCGCCGGCGCUCAUAUACCUGCUGGUGGCGCUGUGCGUGACGUGCCUUUACAGCCUGCUGACGGCGCUCGGCUCGCUGAGGCUCAUCUGGGGCUCGGCCUCCACCGCCAGGACCCUCUUCAUCCUCCUCCUGCUCGAUGUGUUCUACGCGGCGGUGAUGGCCUCGGCGAUGGGCUCGGGCGGCGGCGUGGCGUGGAUAGGGCUCAAGGGCAACUCGCACACCCGGUGGAACAAGAUCUGCGACACCUACGGCAAGUUCUGCCGCCAUAUCGGCAGCUCCAUCAUCCUCGCCCUCAUCGCCUCCAUCAUACUCGUCCUCCUCGCCGCCCUCAACGCCUACUCCCUCUACCGCCGCAGCCGCUGAUGAUCGAUCAUCAGAGCAUCGCCGGCCGGGGACAAUGACUGCUCGGAAUCCAUGGUGCUGUCCAGGCCAGUUUGCGUGUAUUUCCCGUUGGCAUCCAUGAUGUUGUACGUGAUGAUAAGUUGAUGACUGACAUGCCAUCUGGUGUAGCUGAUUGCAGGGGAAGAAUGUAGAGAUGAUCUAUUGCAUCGUGUGUAUACAGUUGUUGUUUGCCUCACUCUCAGUUGUUUUCGGGCCAUCCAUCGUUUAUUUGCCGUGUAAAUUCUGUAUUAUGGCAGUCCUCGUUUCAUUA